ACUAUGGAAAACAAAAUCUGAAUCAGACUUUUUCGUUCUUCUUCUUCUCUCUCAUUCUCUCUCUCCACCCACCACACAUGCAUCAGUCAAGUUGGUCCCUUGGCAAGAAUGAAGAGCUUUGUUUAUGAUUUACUUAGCUGAAGGUUCGUGUUGGUAACCUCGGAUGUUUUGAUUUUGCAGCCGGCGAUUUUCGAGAACUUCGCUUGGUUUUGCUUAUUACGUUAACGGCUUUUGUUUGAGACAAGACUUGAAGAUUUUGGUUUGUUUGUUUGUUUGUUUUUUAUGAUAACGACAUAUCGGUGUUUUCCGAGAUUUAACAUCUGAGACAUAGAGAGAAGCAAAUUUUAUGAUCUGCGGUUCUGUCAUUUGAGUGGAGUUGGUUGCGAUUUGAUACGGGAUAUAUUUAUUGAACCGCCGGUCGUCAAUGGAUUCGAUUCAAAAUAAAGUUCACUACUGUUGUGUUUCUAAAGGUAAGCACGUCCUGUAUGCAUAUAGUGGCGGAAGUGAAGAAGUUGAGAAAGUCGCGGCCCUGUGCUUGGAGGCGGCCCCUUCUUUUCACAGGUGGUAUUUUGAGACAAUAGGUAAAAGGACUUACGAAUUUCUAAUGGAAGAUGGAUAUGUUUACUUUGCGAUUGUCGAUGAAGGUAUUGGUAACUUGGUAGUUCUUCGGUUUUUGGAACACGUUAGAGAUGAAUUCAGAAAGGUAGCUAGAAAAGGUUCAAGGGGAUUUUCGUCAAGCAUGAAUUCGAUUAACAUUCAAGAGAAACUGGUUCCUGUGAUUCGCAAUCUGAUCACUUCGUUAGAGAAUGUCUCGCGUAAUGGUAGUAAUUGGAGAGACGAAGCUUCCUACGACGGUCUGUCUCCGUCACCGAACAAUUUGAACGGACAAAUCGAAGGCGCUGUUUCAACAAAAGCCCCUUUAUUAGGAAAAUCGAGCAAACCAGAGAAAAAGAAAGUAAAGGAUCACGUGAUUGUAAUGAGAGAUGUUGAGUUAGAGGAGCAUCGAAAAUCUACGGAUAGAGGAGUAAGGGCUGAUUCAGGAAAUCUGGACGGUAUUAGCCAAGGCGGCGCAGGUGCAUCUACUUCUCUGCAAAAGGAUAUCGGUUCAACGAGAAUGAGACAAGCCCCUCAUAACGUUCGUAAGAAAUGGUGGCGCCAAGUACGUAUUGUUCUAGCUAUCGAUGCAGCUGUAUGUAUUAUAUUAUUUGUCAUCUGGUUAGUAGUAUGCCGCGGUAUAUCCUGCAUUCGAUAGAAUUCAAAUUCAAACCUCUUACGCGACUCUGAAUUUGAUCGUUUUUCUGUGCGUGAUCGAUCAACAACAGAAAUUAGUUUCUUUAGUGGAGAAUGUAGUUGGAGAAAAUCACACAUUUGUCAUGUUAGUAAGAUCUAUUUUUAGGCAUGUGUUUCUGGUUUAUUCAAUACUAUAUGAGUUUUUUAAUUAUAGAUGUUUAUGUACAGUUUCAUCACUUUUAAAAAUUUGUACUUGUAUAUGAAUUUUGAGAAGAUUUUAAAGGUUUGGUCUGUUUCUGUAUUUCUCUUUCAUACAUACAA